AUCCUUUUUUUUCUUUUAUAUCUAAUUUUUUACAUCUCAAAGCUCUCUUUUCUCUCCGAUACUUUUUAUUCAAAAUGAUCGUAUUUAGGUCAAAUCCGUGCUGCCUGGAGGACCCGCUGCCGAGGAUGGAGUGCUUCGAGCCGGUGAUGUACUUGUCCGAGUUAACGGGGAACUUCUCUUGGGUGCCUCUCAAUCAGAUGCCUGUCGAAUUUUUGUGAAUAUCCCAGUUGGUGACCCAGUGGCUAUACAAGUCUGUCGUGGAUAUCCGUUACUAUUGGAUCCAUCAAAUCGGAUAAUCACGGAAAAUGUUUACCAAACAGGCGCCCGAAGUCGAGAUUUGCAUGAGAUAGAGAUUGUCAAAGGAAAGGAAGGCUUCGGCUUUACGAUUGCUGACAGCGCAACGGGUCAACGUGUGAAGAAGAUCCUCUAUCCAGAACAAUGCGCCAAUUUGUUGGAAGGUGACACAAUUGUUGAGUUGGAUGGUCGAAAUGUUCGUGCUAUCCCACAUACCCAACUUGUCGAUAUGCUCAGAGAGUGUCCUAUAGGACACCGAGGUCGCCUUGUAGUUCGAAGAAGCUCACCUAAGCAUAGGUUUGUUUAUUUUUUUGUUUACGUCACACAGUAUUUUUUUAAAAAUCAUUGUAAUCUUUAUAUUCUGUUCAUAUGUGAUUAA